UCACAGACGACCAUGGGCUGAGCCAUCACCAUUGCUGGAACCUGACAGAAGCCCCCGCCGGUUCCUGGAGCAUCUCUCAUCGCAGCCUCAGCUACCCGGCCACACCAGGAACUUUGAAGUGUGGCGUCUCUGAGCUGCAGCCAUGGGGUCUGAGGACCACGGGGCCCAGAACCCCAGCUGCAAGAUCAUGACGUUCCGCCCGACCAUGGAGGAGUUCAAGGACUUCAACAAAUAUGUGGCCUACAUCGAGUCCCAGGGAGCCCACCGGGCGGGCCUGGCCAAGAUCAUCCCCCCGAAGGAGUGGAAGCCGCGGCAGACAUACGACGACAUUGACGAUGUGGUCAUCCCGGCCCCCAUCCAGCAGGUGGUGACCGGCCAGUCGGGCCUCUUCACGCAGUACAACAUCCAGAAGAAGGCCAUGACCGUCGGGGAGUACCGCCGCCUGGCCAACAGCGAGAAGUACUGCACCCCACGGCAUCAGGACUUCGACGACCUGGAGCGCAAGUACUGGAAGAACCUCACCUUCGUCUCGCCCAUCUACGGCGCCGACAUCAGCGGCUCUCUGUAUGACGACGAUGUGGCUCAGUGGAACAUCGGGAACCUGCGGACCAUCCUGGACAUGGUGGAGCGGGAGUGCGGCACCAUCAUCGAGGGCGUCAACACGCCCUACCUGUACUUUGGCAUGUGGAAGACCACGUUCGCCUGGCACACGGAGGACAUGGACCUCUACAGCAUCAACUACCUGCACUUCGGAGAGCCCAAGUCCUGGUACGCCAUCCCGCCGGAGCACGGCAAGCGCCUGGAGCGGCUGGCCAUUGACAUCGCCCAUGCCGUGCGUUGUUCCCCUUCCUGCUGGCGUUUGAUUUUGGAGAUGGGAACGGUGGAUCUUUCUGGAAAAGCGGGCCUCCUGUCCUGGCUGCACUUGGAGCUGUGCGUGUCCUCAGCAGGGUUCUUCCCCGGGAGCUCCCAGGGCUGCGAUGCCUUCCUGCGGCACAAGAUGACUCUCAUCUCGCCCAUCAUCCUCAAGAAGUACGGCAUCCCCUUCAGCCGGAUCACGCAGGAGGCUGGCGAGUUCAUGAUCACCUUUCCCUACGGCUACCACGCUGGCUUCAACCACGGGUUCAACUGCGCCGAGUCCACCAACUUCGCCACCCUGCGCUGGAUCGACUACGGCAAGGUGGCCACGCAGUGCACGUGCCGGAAGGACAUGGUCAAGAUCUCCAUGGACGUGUUCGUGCGCGUCCUGCAGCCCGAGCGCUACGAGCUGUGGAAGCAGGGCAAGGACGUCACGGUGCUGGACCACACGCGGCCCACCGCCCUCAGCAGCCCCGAGCUGAGCAGCUGGAGUGCCUCCCGCGCCUCGCUCAAGGCCAAGCUCCUCCGCAGACAACUUAGUCUGAAGGAAAGCAGACACUGGAGAAAGGCUGAGGAGGACAGGAGGCCCAGUCUAGAGAGGAAGAGGGAGCAGACCAGGAGGCCGGGGCCGCCGUCCCACCGGAAGCGGAGCCAGCCCAAGAAGCCCAAGUCGGAAGACCCUAAGUCUCCCGGGGAGGGGGCGGCCGGGGCAGCCCUCCUGGAGGAGGCCGGCGGCGCAGCGAAGGAGGAGGCGGAGCCCGAGGAGGAGGACGAGGAGCCCCAGCCGCCUCCGCCGGGCCGGGACGCCGAGGGCUCCGAAGAGGACGGCAGGGGCAAGCCGCGGCCGGCCAAGGCCAAGGGCGACCGGAAGAAGAAGAGCCCCAGCGCCCUGCAGGCCCCCCACCCGCUCCUGCCCCCGCGGCUGCCCCCCGCCGCCCACUUCCCCUCCGAGGAGGCGCCGCGGCUGGAGUCCCCGCUGCUGGCCCCCGGCCCUGCGGCCGCCGAGGGGAGCCCCCCGCCACCGCCCCUCAACGUCGUGCCCCCUGAGGCACCCAGCGGCGAGGAGCCGGAGGUGAAGCCGCGCCCCAUUAUCCCCAUGCUCUAUGUGGUGCCGCGGCCCGGCGCGGCCGCGUGUGACGGGGGCCGCGUGUCCUGCCAGCAGGCCUCCGAGCUCGCCACCCCGAAGGUCCCCUCCUGGAAGGAGCAGGCGGCCCCCAUGGAGCUGACGGGGCCCGAGGACGAGAGCGGAGCCCGCGAGGGGCAGGUGCCGUCGACAUUCUCCAAGUUGAAGAUGGAGGUGAAGAAGAGCCGGCGCCACCCCCUGGGCAAGCCACCCACCCGCUCCCCGCUGUCGGUGGUGAAGCAGGAGGCCUCGAGCGACGAGGAAGCGCUCCCUUUCUCCGGAGAGGACGACGUGAGUGAUCCCGAGGCCCUGCGCGCGCCGCUGGCCCUGCAGUGGAAGAGCAAGGCAGCCAGCUUCCAGGCCGAGCGCAAGUUCAACGCGGCCGCCGCCCUGGCCGAGCCCUACUGCGCCAUCUGCACCCUUUUCUACCCCUACAGCCAGUCCCUGCAGACGGACAAGGAGGCCAUUUCCGCCUCCCUCGGGGAGGGCCCCUCGGCCGCGCCACCUUCCAAAAGCGGCCAGAAGACUCGGCCGCUCAUCCCGGAGAUGUGCUUCACGUCCGGCGGCGAGAACACGGAGCCGCUCCCCGCCAACUCCUACAUCGGCGACGACGGCACGAGCCCGCUCAUCACCUGCGCCAAGUGCUGCCUGCAGGUCCACGCCAGUUGUUACGGCAUCCGCCCCGAGCUGGUCAACGAGGGCUGGACAUGCUCCCGGUGUGCGGCACACGCCUGGACUGCGGAGUGCUGUCUGUGCAACCUCCGGGGCGGCGCCCUGCAGAUGACGACCGACAGGAGGUGGAUCCACGUGAUCUGCGCCAUCGCCGUCCCCGAAGCGCGGUUCCUGAACGUGAUGGAGCGCCACCCCGUGGACAUCAGCGGCAUCCCCGAGCAGCGGUGGAAGCUGAAAUGCGUGUACUGCCGGAAGCGGAUGAGGAAGCUGUCGGGCGCCUGCAUCCAGUGCUCCUGUGAGCACUGCUCCACCUCCUUCCACGUGACCUGCGCGCACGCCGCUGGGGUGCUCAUGGAGCCGGACGACUGGCCCUACGUCGUGUCCAUCACCUGCUUCAAGCACAAGUCGGGGCCGCACACGGUGCAGCUGCUGCGCGCGGUGUCGCUGGGCCAGGUGGUCAUCACCAAGAACCGCAACGGGCUCUACUACCGCGGCCGCGUCAUCGGCGCCACCGCGCAGACCUUCUACGAGGUCAACUUCGACGACGGCUCCUACAGCGACAACCUGUACCCCGAGAGCAUCACCAGCAGGGACUGUGCCCGGCUGGGGCCGCCGCCCGAGGGCGACUUCGUGGAGCUCCGGUGGACCGACGGCAACAUCUACAAGGCCCGCUUCAUCUCCGCCGUGACCAGCCACAUCUACCAGGUGGAGUUUGAGGACGGGUCGCAGCUGACGGUGAAGCGAGGCGACCUCUUCACCCUGGACGAGGAGCUUCCCAAGAGGGUCCGGUCGCGGCUGUCGGUGAGCACCGGGGCGCCCCAGGAGAACGUCUUCUCGGGAGAGGAGGUGAAGGCCGCCAAGCGCCCCCGGGUGGGCCCCCCGCGCGCCCCCGAGGACUCGGGCCGGACCCCGGACUACCUGGCCUUCAUGGAGAGCCUCCUGCAGGCGCAGGGCCGGCCCGGGGCCCCCUUCUAGGACGGCCGCCGGGGAGCCCCAGCCCGGCCUCCGCUCGCUGUGACUUGUGUCCUGGCCUCCGGCCCCGAGGCGACAGGGGCAGCAGGACGCGCACGCGCCCCGGACUCAGGGAGCAGGGCCGCGGGCUCGGGCGGCCGGGGCGCCCUCCUCAGCCCGCCAACCACGUCAGCUCUUCUCGAAAAGGUGCUACUGUGUCUCCACCCCCGGCAGCCUCUGGGGUUGUGACUUUGUACAUAGAUCACCUUUGUGACGUUCUUUCUAUAAAUACCUAUUGUUUAAAAAAAAUGCAAGAAAAAAUGGAAAACAAAGAAAAGGAAAAAAAACCCCCGACGUUGUUUUCUAGAUUUGUGGCUUUAAAAAUCAAACAACACACAACGUUCUUUGCCCAGAACCGAGGUCGCUGAGGGAGAGAAGCUUCUGGCUUUCCGGUGUCUGUGGCUGGAGCCCUUCCUGUCGGAGCGGCAGGGUGCCCGGGGGACCCAGGGGCCGGUCCCCGCGCCCGGCAGGAGGAGGCCCGGGCGCCCUGGGUGGCCUCGUGGCUUCGGGUCGGGGCUCCCUCCUGUCCUGCGGCCUUUUCUGUUUGGUUCCAUCCUCGCUCCUCCCCCAGCAGAGCUGCCCCUGCGAGACCCCGGUCGGGGGUCCCCAGGAGUCAGGGAGGAAGCGCUCAGGGUGAGGGAACCCCCGACGUGCGUGUGGCCCGGCCAUCCAUCCAGAGACAAGUGUGGGUGACCCCCCGUGGCCGCAGCAAGGGACGCCUGGCUCUGUGGGGAUGCAGGAUGCAGAGGGGUCAGGCGCUCCAGGGCCCACGUCUGGCUGUCCCCGGCUCGGGCGAGGCCAGUGACCCUGCUCUGGCUGCGGCCCCGCGCGUGCAGGGCCCUUCCUCGGCCCCGGGGGCCGGUGGCGGCCUGUGUCCUGUUUGCGACGCGUGGGUUUGUGUGUCUGGGGGGCAGCAAGACGGGGUCGCGGCGGCCUCCUAGGGCUUGUGGAGUGAAUCUGUGAGCGAGGGGAGCUGUGCCUCUCAGCUUGGGCCCGGCCCCCAGCGCCCUGUGGAGCCCUCCCGCCACGGCUGUCCCCUGCCGUCCCCCCGAGGGCCCGAGAGCGUGAUGUCCUCGUGUAGAGAGGAGUGUCCUGCAGCUGCCAGGCGGGAGGCACAUGUUUCAGGAAAAGGAAAGAAGGUCGCUGAGCCGAGGACCUUCGUUUCCUGGUGGGGGGAGGGGGGCAGGUGGCCCGGGCCGGGCGGGGGUCCCGGGAGCCGGCGGCGGGGUCCCUCUGCAUGCAGCAGCCCGCGGGCCCUCACUGUGUUCAUAUUAGUUUGAAACGCUAUUUAUGUUGUAAAGAGAAGGGAGGUCGAGGGGACGGCCCCGCUGCUGGUCCGAGGGGAGGCCAGCCCGGCAGCGGCGGCGGCGGCUCGGGGGGUCGCGGCCAUCGCAGGUUCCGGGACAACUGGUGCAGACAGGCCACGGCCCGGCCGAGGGGAGACACCGUUCCCUGCAGGGACGUGUCUGUGUCCCGGUGCAGAAACGGGAACAAGUGAAAAACACCCCCCCCUCCCCGCCCGGUUUUCCCCCCCGAGGUUAAGGAUGCGCUGUAUUUUCCUUCGUCUGCCGCCUCUAGGCUCAUGAUGAAUUAAAGGCUCCGAGCAUUGCGACUCAC